GUCCUGUCGUGCCCACCCGGUCUCAUCACCGGGCUGUCGGACAAGACAGAGGAGGGGACACAGAGCUGGCGACAAAAGGACCGACACCAUGGCGCUCAUCUGCCGGUUGCAGCCGGAAAGGAGGAAGUCCCUCCUUCCGUGAUAGAAGAGUACCAUGGAGUUGACAUGAUCUCUUCCUCUGUUCUUCACCAAUCACGGCUCCCGAUUCGAUAUAACCAUGGGUACGUGGCGUGGUCUACGAGUGGCGUUCAUCCUGGGGUCUUUGUUUAUGAUCCUGCUGAUUAUCGUCUACUGGGACGACGUCGGGGGCUUCAACCUCUAUCCGCUGCAGGACCCCAAACACAGGACACUUCAAUCUGAUUCUUGCCCCCGGACGACUACAGGUGCUUCACUUUCCCCCUCCGCCAGCAGAGCCCAGACCAGUUCUUCCUCCACUGUCCCCAGCACCGCUUCCAGUACGAAACACGUCCCUGAGAAGACGAGAGGGGCAGCUGAAGAACAAAAGCAGGAGGAGGAAGAGGACAAACAAGAGCAGAGGAAGGAAGAAACAAUCGGGGAUGUGGAGGAGGAGAAAAGGAGUCAUACUUCUGUUGAUGAUAGAGAACAGGAGGCAAGGAAGCGGAGGAUUAUGGAUGUUUGUUCCGGAAAGGAUGCGGUGGAAUUCCCUGGAAGGACUCGGGCAUUUGAGCAGAUCCCCAACAGGGAACUGGAUCACCUGAUAGUGGAUGAUACACACCAGAUUAUUUACUGCUACGUUCCCAAGGUGGCGUGCACCAACUGGAAGAGAGUGAUGGUGGUUUUGUCUCAGUCUCUGAUCUCGCCCUCCUCAGGAGAACCUUACACUGACCCAGAGGCCGUACCUGCGGACCUUGUACACAAUUCCUCUCUUCACCUCACUUUCGCCAAGUUUUGGCGCCAUUAUGGUUCUCUGUCCCGCCACCUGAUGGCACUCAAGCUCCAGCACUACACCAAGUUUCUGUUUAUACGAGACCCUUUCGUACGUCUCAUCUCUGCCUUCAGGAACAAGUUUGGAAGGCCCAACGAGGACUUCUACAGGCAGUUUGGUUCGGUCAUGCUGCGUCGCUAUGGUAAUGUCUCUGGGAGUUUGCCAGAGACGGCAGCUGAGGCGUUUGCAGCGGGAAUCAAACCGACAUUUCAGCAAUUUAUCACAUACCUGCUGGAUCCAGACACCGAGAAGGAGAGCAUCUUCAACGAACACUGGCGACAGGUGUACCGUCUGUGCCAUCCAUGCCAGGUCAAGUAUGACUUCAUUGGACGACUAGAAACCCUGGAAAGUGAUGCGGAUCACCUGCUUAAGCUUCUGGAGGUGGAUCAUCUGCUCCGCUUCCCUUCAGGGGCACGGAACCGAACUGCAGCCAGCUGGGAAAGAGACUGGUUUGCACAGAUUCCCAUAGCAAUGAGGAGAGAACUGUACAAGCUUUAUGAACCAGACUUUGAGCUGUUUGGUUAUCCCAAACCUGACAGCGUACUCCAUCAGUAAUCCACACAGAGCCAAAGGCCUGGGCACUGCACUGUGUGUAGAGCCCACACCUCACCUACCUGCCUUAAAAGAGAAAUCCAUGAUGCUGUUUGUUUCAUUUGUUCUGUGCUUACCUCAAUUGACAGAAGUGCCUGCCAGUAUUAUUUUAUUUUUGUCAUCAUUUCAUAUUGGAAGCCGCUUACAAGCUACGUUAUCCCAGUCUGUUUCCCCAUGCAAAGGCACUUUGAAUAGUAUUUUGUGAAUAGUAUAUUUGGUAAGUCAUGGUGAAAGGACUGGGGCUAACUGUUAGCUGACAUUUCUGAAGGGAAAUAUGUUGCACAAGAAUAAAAUGUUUUUGUAAAUGAUCCACUUUCUUUUGCUAAUUUUACUGUGCGUGUGGGCGAGGCAGUGAUGCAAGAAGAAUUCAGAGUUUUUGUGGAUAAAAUUGAAAGUAACCAACAUCACAUUUCAAAAGUAAUCCAUUGCAGUCAAAAGUUCUCAUUUCAAUUUUUUAUUUAAAGUACCAAACACUGUAAAUCUUAUAUGUCUGCUGUGGCUCUGGAGGAGCUUUGUCUUGUAUGAGGAUCUCAGCUUAUGCUUGGGGACUUGAGAUGUUUAACAGAAACUCUGCUUUACAAACUAGGAAUAGAGUUUAAAAAUUUUGAAAUAUGCUGAUGUUUUGAAGGUGCUAUUGAGUUGAUCCUUUAUCCAUAUGUGUCAAAACACAGUACCAAAUAUAAACUUAACGUAUUGUAAAUGUAUAACAAUCCAUUGUGACAUUAUGUAAAAUCUGAACUUGCAAUGUCUUUAUCUGCCAAAUACAA